AGCCAAAGACCUUGGAAUGAAAGAAAAAAAAAUGCAAGAAGAGGUGGAGGAACUUUAUCACAGACUUCAACUUGAAACCAAGUGCAACUAUAAACCGGUUGCACAUUCAUUACAGUCCCAUGGGUCUUGUGCUGAGGAUCAGCUGGUUCAUAUGUUCUUACAAAAACUACUGAUGAUGAACUACAAAGCAAGAAGUAUCACUGUCACAAAGACUAGUAAGGAUCACAAUGAAGAACAACAAAAAUCCAAAAAAUCAUCUGCAGACAAUGUUGAUGUGUUUAGUGAACUUUUUGAAGAACCGUCUUUGUCUGAAGAAAGAAAGAGCAGCACAGACCCGAUUCACCCGAUGGAUGUUCAGAUGGCUGUGUUUCAUUGUGCUGAUGGUUUCCUGAAGCAGCUGAUGGUCACUAAACUAUCUCAGUGUCAGUAUGCUCUACCUCUGCUUGUUCCUGAUCCAUUCACACAACAGAUUGAGUUUCCUCUCUGGACAUUCAGAGAAAUUAACCAGAGCUGGAAGAUAAAAAGCAACAACGAGACCAUCAGUCAAAACCAACCGGUCUGGAAGGCAGAAACUCCAAUGGUGUUCUUCUUCAGGUUUGGCUCAGUGUCCUCAUCCAAGUCUCAGCUGAUCAACAAUCUGAUCAAUGAGAAACACCAGACGUUCUUCCACAGACACUGCCCUGGCAGCAGCAGAACCAGAGUCCUGAUGGACGGAGUGGUGGAGAUCGCCUGGUUCUGUCCUUCUGGGACACAAGAUGAUAAAUUCACCAACCGUGUUGCCUUCUGUAAUCUACACGGUGAUGCAGGAGAACAUGAGAAACAGCUGGAUAUAAUGAAUGAAAUGGCGUCAGUCAAUGUGGUUGUUUUACCAACACUGGACAGGAAUGACAAAAGAAUGACAAAAAUCCAAAACCUCUACAAGGAUCCAAAGCCACUGAUUUGCCUUCUUCCUGAGAAUGAUUCAGCUCUCACUGAGCAGAGGAAUGGAAAAUAUAAAAUUGGUUUGAAAGACAGAGGUGAUGCAGAGGUGUCUGAAGAUCUCAGAAAAGCUAUCACAAAUUGUCUCUCAGAAUCAUCUUCCACUUUCAGACUUGAAGAUGUGUCCAAACACUCAGACAUUAGAGUUGAUGAGGAAGAUGAUAAUGACUGCAAGAAAGGGAAGGAUUCAGCACAACAAAUGAUAGCUUUACUAGAGAAGAAGGAUCUGUCAAAAUUCAAAGAGUCAUUUCUGCCUUGUCAGGGCAAACUGUGGCAUCAGUGGGGUAAAAUGAAUAAAGAGCUAAAUCGACCUCAAGGAGAUCACCCAGAAAUGGAAAUUAGUAAAAAAAAAGAUGAGAUGAUGAAAAUCCGUGAAGAGCAGCAUGAAGCUCCCAUCAGUGAAUUCAUAAAUUUAUUCAUGAAAGAAAUGAACUCACAUGUUACAAAUAAGUCAAUGUUUUUCCUCAAGUGGCUCAGAAUCCUCCUGGAUGAACAUACCUCAGAUAAUCUUUCUGAUCUACUUCAAGACUAUAAUAAAACAUGGACAGAAGUCUCUAAACUAAAUAAGAGCAGUAGCAGUAAUAAAUCUGUGGAACUGUUGCCUAAACAAACAGAACUUGUGGAUUUAUCAAAGAAACUUCAAGAUGCAACCUUUGGUUUGGAGCACAUCAUGAGGGAGAUCGGUCAGAUCUAUGAAUCAUGUUCAUCUGUGAAGAAGAACAAGAAAGACCUGCAGAUUCACUUCUCUUCUCUCCCGAGUCUCGCAGCAGAGAUGAUGAUCUCUGGAUUUCCACUGGAGCUGAUGGAUGGAGAUGCUGCUCAUGUUCCUCUGGUCUGGAUCUCUGCUGUUCUAGAUCAACUCAUCAAGAAACUGGGAGACCAGAGAGUCUUUGUGCUGUCAGUCUUAGGGCUCCAGAGCUCUGGGAAAUCCACCAUGCUGAACGCCUUGUUUGGACUCCAGUUUGCGGUCAGUGCUGGAAGAACAACCAGAGGAGCUUUCAUGCAGCUGGUCAAAGUCUCAGAAGAGAUGAAAACACUGAUAAACAACAUUGACUAUAUUCUGGUCAUUGAUACUGAAGGUCUUCGUGCUCUAGAACUGGCUGGAGGUUCAACAAGAGAUCAUGACAAUGAAUUGGCUACAUUUGUUGUUGGUCUUGGAAAUAUGACACUGAUCAACAUCUUUGGAGAAAACCCAUCUGAGAUGCAGGACAUUCUCCAGAUUGUGGUUCAAGCCUUCCUGAGGAUGAAGGAGGUCAGACUGAAUCCCAGCUGUGUGUUUGUUCAUCAGAACGUUUCAGACGUCACAGCUGGAGAGAAAAACAUUGAGGGAAGGAGACGACUGGAGGAGACACUAGAUAAGAUGACAAAACUCGCUGCUAAAGAUGAAGUCUGUGAUGCAGAAUGUUUCAGUGACGUCAUUGCAUUCGAUGUACAGAAAGAUGUGAAGUAUUUUGCUCAGCUCUGGGAGGGCAGUCCACCAAUGGCACCACCAAACCCUUCAUAUUGUGAAAACAUUCAAGACCUUAAGAAAACUAUUCUCUCUCAUGUCUCAAACUCAAAUGGCAUGAUGCUGACAGACAUAAAGAGUCACAUUACAAAUCUCUGGGAGGCUUUGCUGAAGGAGCGCUUUGUGUUCAGCUUCAAAAAUGCCCUGGAGAUCGCCACAUACAGGAGAUUGGAGACAGAAUACAGUAAGUGGACCUGGAGUCUUCGGAAGGCCAUGCUGGAAAUUGAAAACAAACUACAGAACCAAAUAGAAAAUGGAGCAAUCAAUGAGGUUGAGGAAACAGAUCUUCAAGAAAAACUAAAUGUAAAAAGUGCAGAAGUAAAAAAAUCUAUGACAGAAUUCUUUGAGAGAGACACAGAUGCCAGUAUACUGAUUCAGUGGAAAACAUCGUUCGAAAUAAAAGUUUCACACAUACAGGAACACAUUGUUAGAGAAACACUGAAGAAACUGAAUGUGGUGCUUCAACAGAGAGUUCUGAAGAAAAACAUUGACGCUCAGAGGGCACAAAAAGAAAACGCUCUCCUUGAGAAAGCGAAAAAUCUGGCAUCGGAUCUAAAAAAAAACACAAAAAACGAUAAGAUCCUACAAAACAAGUUUGAGGAGUUUUGGAAAAACUGGGUAGAAGAGAUAAAAAAAAACACACCUCAAGCCCAAAACAUCGACGUUUUAGGAGAUCUGAGAAAUCUCCUCGGGGACAUCCAUAAAAGUUCCUCUGUACCAGACCACAGGACAGAAAGCACAGAAUGUGAUGUCUUGGAGUUGUCCAGCUAUUCAAACUAUGUACAGGUUAAAAAACAGAAAAUUACACAACAAAUUGCAAAAGUAUUUACAGGUACAAUGACUGAGUGUUCUAAAGACGAUGACAACCAAAUAAGAAACUUGCUUGAAGAUAUUGCUCAACAAACAAACAAAAUGAUCAUGUCACAUAACAUUGCAAAGAUGGGCUACAACAAAAUCUGCAUUCAAAAUUUUUUUGAUUUAAUCAAUAAAAAUUUAGCAGACCAUGAGCAAAAACAACAGAAAUAUGUGUUUAAGAAUCACUUCGUAAGUGAUUUGGCACUUUCUAUAUGCAAGAGAGAAAAACAUACAUUCACUGAACAACACAGAAUCUUCACGCAAGCCAAUGACCCUGUUCUCUAUUUUACAAGUAGAAGAGAAGAAUAUUACAGAAUUUUCCAGAAAUACUGUCAGGGGGCAACAUCAGCAACCAUUAUAGGAGAGAUCAUCUGUAACAAACUCAAAGAUCCCAUUCAGCAGAGCGUCUACAAAAACACUGCCCGGGAUUUGGCAGAUGACAUGAGAUCAAAGUGUGAAUCACUGAAUGGAAAUAGAUCAGAACUGGAAAGAAACAUCCUGAAGAAACUGGCCCAAAAGGAGGACUUUAAGGCAUUCAUAACCUACAUUCAUAAUCCCAAAAAACACUUCAAGAGUUUCAUCAGAGAUGAAGUCAGUCAGUACAUAAAUGACAAUUUCAACACCAGUGUUCUGCCCAAGAUGAAAGAUGAUUUAAGACAGAAAGAGAAUCAGAUCAUAGCAGCAGUGAACAGAGCAUCUGAAGAGGUCGAUGAAAACAGUAGAAAUGCUGAUCUGUGGUUGAAGAAAUUCACACAGAGUUUAUCAGAUGCGCUGAUAUUCUCUGAAAAGGAUCUUGAAGGAGUGAGUCGUGAUGAUGUUGAUGUAAAACACCUAGCAGAGGUCAUAAGAAAACAACUUCCUUCUAUAAUAUCUGACAUACGCAAAGAUUUCAGUGAAGGAUCAUUUCUACAGAAGCUGGAAUCCAAUGAUAAGCCUGAUGAGAUCCUAAUUGAACACCUCUGUAAGUGCUGUUGGGUUGAGUGUCCAUUCUGUGGAGCCAUCUGCACCAACACAGCAGAAGACCACGACACAAAACACAGUGUCCCUUUUCAUCGACCUCAUGGAGUGAAUGGGAAUCAUUAUAGAAUAACACAAUGUCUUAGUACAAAUUUUUGCACAACUCUAGUGAAAAGUUAUUUUCGUUAUUUUUACCCAACUCAUGAAUAUCGACUACUUCCCAAUUCAUAUAGAUAUUACAAAUCAGCUGGAGGUGUUUAUGCUAAAUGGGACAUCACCCCUGACCUCUCCGAGCUGUCGUACUGGAAGUGGUUUGUGUGCAGAUUCCAGAAAGAGCUGGAAGAAUACUACAAAAAAUUUCAAUAUCAGGGUGAGAUCCCAGAUGAAUGGAGAAAACACACAAAGCAGGAUGCUAUUGAGAGUUUGGACAAGUACUUCAAAAAACAAUAAUGAAUAAUGAGUGAUGAAAAUUAACAGUUCUUUUUAUUAUUUAAUUUAAGACUGUAUGGAUAAAAGAAACUCAGAUACUUUGAUCUCCUGAGAAACAGAAAAUACAAACAUACACUGGCAUCUUCGACAGAGUGGAGAUGCAGGAAACGCCUCUCUCACAUAUGCACUGUUUCCUCCUCAUCCCCUUCCUUCCCCUCACCCAUCCUUCUCUUCACCCAGCUCUCUCAGAAUGGUCAAUAGUAAAAUAUACUGGUCUACAUUAAUGCAGGUGAUAUUUGCAGUCAUGAUUGAUGUCAUUUGAAUUGUCUCAGGGUGACUUGUACAAUGGUCUCAAUCUUACAUGUUGAUUAAAAGAUAGUACAGAUAUUACAAGUUAAGCAAUAUUUUGCUUACUGUAAUGGGAGUGCCAUUUUCCAGGGUCUUCCAUUUACCUUCUGUUUCCUUUGAGGUGUAAACUACCCCGGUCUGGGACCUAGGUUAAUGCAAACUCCAAUUGUUUGUUCAUGUCUCUGUGACAAAAGUUGCAUGAAUGCGAAAGUUUGGAACAAAAAUCAAACAUCAACAAAAAUAUUGACCGCAUAUACCUCUUCAUGUUCACAAAUACAAGCUCAGCUGUUUAGAGGUUAAUGAUGGCACAGAAUGUACCAGUAUUUUAAAAUGGAUGUGUGAAUGGUGCUUUUCCAGAAAUAAGACGGAAUGUUGUUGACUAUGUGAACAGCGUAUUUUUGAAUUUACCCGUAAAGUUGUUCCAGUAAUUUUACGGCAGUUCACUGGUAUUACUGUGAAAGAGGCUAUACUGGUAAAUUGUUGGAACAAAUUUACCGGUAUUUUUUAAAAGAUCCUGUUCACAUAUUAUCUCUUUACAGCAACUUACAGGUAAUUUUCUGGAAAAGUCUAUAUGUGUGAAAGGGCUUAUUGGGUAUACAAAAAGGUACUCAGUGGACCCUGGGCUAGAUGAGCUGGAUUCAUUUCUGUAAAACACUUCCUGAAGAAAACAACUAAAACAAAGUGGUGACUUAGUUUCCAUUCUUUAUUUUUUUUUUACUUUUAUUGUUAAUUUUGAUAGAAAGGGAGUUAGUAUUUUCAUUGUAUUUUCUUUUUUUUAUAUAGUAUGUAGAGCCCCCUUCCUGAAAUC